GUUUUUUGUUUCUAUCAGACAAGGAUUUUAUUAGUGGCCGUAACAUUAGGUUCCGGUCGUUGUUUUGCGGUUCCGGUUCGAUCGGUCAUUGAUAUUCACAACUAAUAUCCGCAACCGCAAAAAAACAUAACACGAUCGAAAACACAGCCGGGAAAGCCAUUUAAAUCUUUUUGUAUAUUGUAGUUUCUUUGUUUUCUUUUUAAUUCCCUUUAUCGAUUUUAGAAAACAAUGGGGAUGGGGAUCGGCGAGAGGGCUGAAAGGCUGGCAGUCCGUAAGAACUAUAUGACUCUCUGGCAGACUAGUCUCAUGGAUACCAUGAAAACAGAUUGUGGCUACUGCCUACUUGCAUCGUGCUGUCCCAAUUGCAUUUCAUUUGCCCUGCGGAAGCGAGCACUCCACAACGAAAUGUCAAGGUACCAAUGCUGUGCGGGUUACAUGCCGUGCAGCGGUAAGUGUCAGGAGAAUAAAUGUCCAACGUUCUGUCUCUGCAUGGAGGUCAGCUGUUGCUUCUCCAGUUCAGUUCAAUCCACUCGCUAUCUUAUUCAAGAUGAGUACAAUAUAAAGACCACAAAAUGUGACAACUGCCUCAUUGCAUUUAUGGUCAUUCUUGCAGAAAUUGCAUGCAUAUGUCGUCUGGUAGCGUGUCUUACUGGGAAUUCGGACCUUGAGGAUCUCGCAGAGCUCCUUACUUGUAUUUCUGAUCUCGUUUAUUGCACAGUCUGCGCUUGUAUGCAGACUCAGCACAAGCUUGAACUAGACCACAGGCAUAGUAUCCCAUGGGGGGCUCCUGGUGUAAUGAUGGUUCCUGCAGUGCAAGAGAUGUCACGGUUUGAUCAGGCAGUGCCUCCAACAGUAAGACAACCACUGGGGCUUCCACCUGGGCAACUUCCACCUGUACAACAACCGCUACUUCCACCUGGGCAGUAUCCACCUGGGCAGUAUCCACCUGGGCAAUAUCCACCUGGGCAAUAUCCACCUGGGCAGUAUCCACCUGCACAACAGCAAGGACAAUGGCAUCAGCAACAGCCGCCUUAUGGUUAUGCAUAUCCACCACCAUAUAUGCCUGCUUACCCUGCCAACCCACAGCAAUCACCUCCCCCAGGUUACGCCGCCUCUGGGCAUCCACUACCUCCUCCAGGUUACUAUCCUCCUGCAGGUCAAGGUCCAGAUUACUAUCCUCCUGGAUGCCCACCACCUCCUCAACAUUUCCCUUCUGAUGAACACCCCCAGAACCCUCCUCUUUCUCCACCUCCACCUCCAGCCCAAGCUCCAACUAAACCUAAAGAUUCUAUGUAGAUAAUCAUACAUAAAUAUUCAAAUACUACUAACCACCGUAAUUAUUCUAAUUUGGAUUGAUUCAUUUAUUAGUUUACUUUGAAUUAUUAUUAUUAUUAAUGAUAUUCACCUAAAACUUUU